AUGGCUAGAACCAAGCAGACUGCUCGUAAAUCCACCGGUGGCAAAGCCCCCAGGAAGCAGCUGGCCACCAAGGCAGCUAGGAAGAGCGCUCCCGCCACCGGAGGCGUUAAGAAGCCUCACCGUUACAGGCCCGGCACCGUGGCUCUCAGAGAGAUCCGUCGUUACCAGAAAUCCACUGAGCUGCUCAUCCGCAAGCUGCCCUUCCAGCGCCUAGUCCGAGAAAUCGCUCAGGACUUCAAGACCGACUUGCGCUUCCAGAGCUCGGCUGUCAUGGCUCUGCAGGAGGCCAGCGAGGCUUAUCUGGUGGGGCUCUUCGAGGACACCAACCUGUGCGCCAUCCACGCAAAGAGGGUCACCAUCAUGCCUAAAGACAUCCAGCUGGCCCGCCGCAUCCGCGGAGAGCGAGCAUAA